CGCGCGGUAGCGAGGCAGAGCGGGGCGGAGUGACGCGGUGCUCGCUCAGUGGAGCAGUAAGGUUAAGUAGAGGAGGAACCGUAAAUCGCGCGUUGGUUUCGCUUCGCAGCCCAAGUACGCGCGAGUGUUUACACGCUCCCGCGUCUAACGAGUGAGCAGCGCGUUGAAAUAGCUGGAUUGGAAAAUGCGUAGCCUCGCGGAAGGUUAGGUUCUCUCGUUUCUCACUUGAACAGGUGUAACCUACUGGUUUUUCCGCGGAUGGAAUAUUCGUUCUACGCGUAUGCAGACGUACAUCCCAUACGCAGGAAUAACGUAAACGCGAGAAGACGUCUCGAAAUUUCGAGGGAAAACUUUCUUCAGGAAUAAAAACGAUCGAGCGCGUGAGAAAACGCGCCUUCGUGUGCACGUGCGAUAAUUGUUUCCGCAAAAAGAUCGUAUCCCGCGGCUGACAGUGAUUACCUCGCGGCUCGUCUACUGUGUAUACGUAUGUGUGUACGUGUGUAAAUGUGUUAUAACCGAGCGAGCGGCGCGUCGCGAUUUCGUGUUUUGGAAGAUGGCCAUUUUGGCGGGUGACGUGUUGCGUGCGUGCUUUCAGGCGUAGCGCGUGCAUACGGCGUGCCCGUGUGCCGUGAUCGCGCGACUGACGCACGAUCGCAAAUAACCGUAAACUGGAGACCGCGCGGACGCGCCGCGAGGCGAAUUCAGCGAGCAACGUCGGGGAACGAGGAGAAGAACAUCGGAGGGGAGAAGAGUCGCGCCGCUGUUUUACCGGCGGACGGUAAAUAGAAGACUCGGCGCGCACGGUCCUCUCGUCAUCGUGCUAGGGGGGGCAAUGCACUAUGGGAAUAAUUUGCGACAGGCGCAUGCGCAGAUCAGUUUACAGUUGGAGCUUGGAAGAAAAUGGCGUCAGCUAAGUUUCUGGAGGAAGCUCUGAGCACGGAUGUCGACGAAUCCGCAGUGAACGCGAUAGUGGGCUCCCUCGAGACGCAGCUAGUAACGUCAACACCGGCGGCGGCGGGCCAGCACCAGGCAAGCACCGCGUCGGUCAGCCAGCAGAAUCAUCAGGUGAACAGCGCUAUUUCCAACGGGGGCACCAUCACAGCGGUACAGCCGCAGAAACAUGGGGUUUCGAACGGCGGCGGCGGCGCGACUACCGUGAACAGUCUGAUGACCCAGGAAGUCACCAAGUCGAUCACCACCAGCACCCUGCUGCCGGUGAACGUGGUUACCUCGAACACAGUGGCGCCGCAGGUCAUCACGACACAGCAGCAACAGCAACAGCACGCACAACCGCCGGGGAUACCCGCCGCUGCCUACAUCAACCAAGUCGCCACCAACCAGGUGUCCGGCAACCAGACCACGCACAUACCAAGCCUCACCAAGACGCACGAGCCGGUCAAGAUCAUCUACCCCAGUGUUAGCCAGGUGAUAGCCACUACGGGGGUGGCGAAUGCAAACAACAAGAUUUCCUUCCCCACACAGACUGUCGGCCAACUGGCGAACGGCACGUUGGGCAUAACGUCGCAAUCGGUGCUGCAGACCACGUCGAACGUCGUUGUUACCAAUGUUGGCUCCGUCACUCAGACGGGUAGCCAAACGGUGACGGCAGUGAACAAACCGACCGGCGCAGCAUUAGUGAUCAAGACUACCGUUGCACCUGGGGGUAUGGUUUCUGUACCAAUGUCGGUGCCAGUCUCAGUGACUGGCAACGCGGUCAGCACGGCGUUGCAAGCCAAGGCUGGUGUUACGUCGACGAUAGUACCCAGCAAUGUCCAGAUUCUCAAUGUAAAUACCAUGCGUCCCGCCACGCCGGUAGCGGGACAGCAAGCGAACAAGCAAGUCACACCGAGGGUGGUGAUUGGCCAGCAACUGGUUGCAGGAACGAGACCAGGAACUCAGGGGAUAACGUUGCAGGCACUGCAUGGCCUUCAGCCUGGUACUCAGGGUCAUCUGUUAUUGAAAACAGAGAAUGGACAGUAUCAGUUACUGAGGGUGGGUCCAGCGCCAACUGCGAGUACUCCCGCUGGUACUACGGUUACGCCGAAUAACAUAGCUGGAAACGCAGUGGUCGCUGCACCUUCUCCGGGCACUACGUACCGCCUAACUUCAGUGCCGGCUGUAAGUAGGCUGAACACUCAGUUCACUGGCCCACCACUCGCCACCCUAAGAAAAUCUGUUCAGACUGUGGCUCCCACCAUCACUACAUCGACUACUACCCCGGGAACAGUGACCACAGCACCCACAACCACUUCUGCACCGACGGCCACUACUGUUCAGACUGUUCAAACGGUCCAAACAUCUGCUGCACCACGUCAAACUAUUGAUAAUACCAAAGAAAAGUGCCGUAAAUUCUUAGCGAACUUGUUAGAGUUAUCUAGUCGAGAGCCUAAAUCAGUGGAACGCAGUGUGCGAACUUUGAUACAGGAACUGAUCGAUACGAAGGUUGAGCCGGAGGAAUUCUGCGACAGACUCGAAAAAUUGCUGAACGCCUCGCCGCAACCUUGUCUCAUCGGAUUUCUCAAGAAGAGCCUGCCGUUGCUGCGACAGUCGCUCGUUACGAAGGAGUUGGUCAUAGAGGGCAUAAAGCCUCCUCCGGCCAAUGUCGUCUUCUCUAUAGCGUCGGCUGUUGUUCCUACCAUCACCCAGCAAACUCAGUACAGACCUGCGGUGGCAAUAGCGGCAACAGUUCCGGUCACGGCGACCGUCGCGACGGCGGCAACGGCUACGACGCAAGUGAGGGUCAUGACGCCGCUACCGACAGCGGUAACGGCAACGGCAGUGGUCACUACGGUUCCACGACCCGCGCAACCUGUUCAACAGAGGCUGGUUCGACCAGUAACAACGACGGUGGUUCGCACUCCUACCACGGCGUACACCGUGAAAUCGACAGCAGCGAUAACCGGGAUUCGCCCGGCUGCUCCUGUCGUGCAGAAGCCACCGUUAGUCGCGACGACGGUGAUGAAAACGGUGACGACUACCGCGCAGAGCAAAACAGUCAAUACAACUACUACUGUUAAUAAAGCCGUAGUGCCUUCCCUCGUUCAGAAACCGGCUCCGAAAGAGAAAGAAAAGAAGACCUUCUCAUCGGCAGGAUACACGGCGGACGACGACAUAAACGAUGUGGCAGCGAUGGGUGGCGUUAAUCUUGCGGAGGAAUCUCAAAGAAUACUCGGCUCUACAGAGUUCGUCGGUACCCAGAUACGAUCCUGUAAAGAUGAAGUAUUUUUGCACGUAGCGCCGUUACAACAGAGAAUUAAACAAAUCGUAUCCAGCUACGGAUUGGAGGAACCCAACCAAGAGGUAGCGGCGUUAAUUUCGCACGCUGUUCAGGAAAGGUUAAGAAAUUUAGUAGAAAAAUUAGCGGUCAUCGCGGAGCACAGAAUAGAUCUCUUAAAGGUCGAUCCUAGAUACGAAGUGACACAGGACGUAAGGGCGCAAUUGAAGUUUUUAGAAGAUUUAGACAAGGUGGAGCGCAGAAGGCACGAGGAGCAGGAACGGGAGCUGCUCUUGCGCGCCGCGAAGAGCCGCGCGAAAACGGAGGAUCCCGAGCAGGCCAAAUUGAAGGCCAAGGCCAAAGAGAUGCAACGCGUGGAAAUGGAGGAGCUGCGGAAGAGGGAGGCGAACCUGACGGCCCUACAGGCGAUCGGGCCUCGUAAGAAGCCCAGGCUCGACGUAGCGGGAUCUACGAGCAGCCCGGGUAACGCGCCCGGCGCGAACGCCUCGGCGAGCGGGCUGAACAGGCAGAUGCCGAUGAGACCGCGCCUGAAGAGGGUGAACUUCCGGGACCUGUUGUUCCUCCUCGAGCAGGAGAAGGAAACGUGUAGGAGCAAGAUGCUGUACAAGUCGUAUCUGAAGUGAUGCCCUGCACGGGGCAGGAACUCGAGUGAUCGCCCGCCCGGGAUCUGGCGCCUCGCCGGCACGGGGAUGAUGUGCAUGAUCUUGCAUAGGCCGAGUGGCGCGACCGAUCGCGAUGCGCGACGUUGUUCCACGUUGCUGCGGUGCACGGUGUACGUUUUCGUUUCACGAGACCCCCGGGGGGGGGAGGAACUCUGCUGCGAAAAUAGUCCGGGAAUAUUCAAAAGUAUAUAUAUAUAUAAACAAGUCGUUUCCAUCGUGUCGAUACGAUUUAAGCUUCCCCACCCCCCCACUGUAAAUGACUGAACAUUUUUUAAAUGUAAUAUAAUAGAUCAUUCUUUAUUUUUUAACACGAAAUCGCGCGUGAGUGAAGAAGGGAGCGCGCCGCUCCCCCAUGAUUAGUCGCUCCUAUAUAUAUUAUAUAUAGCAAGAGAGGUGCAUGUGAGCCAUACGGGCACCUGUUACGUGACGUAAUAUGGCACGUGUAUGCGUCUGGUGAAUGAAUGUAUAAAAUGUCACUAUGUAUAUGCUCGCGACAUACACAGAAACACACACACACACACACACAGCUAUACAAGCACACACACAUUGUAAUACUUGACCUAUACUUUUGGACACUGUAGCGCUAAUGUAAUAUAAGCAGGUUUUGUUAUAAUAGUAGAUGAUAUUUUUGCAAACUGUAAUAUGUAAUACGAUAAAACGGUACCGUAAGCACACUGUCCAAAAAGUAUGGAAUAAUUUGUACAAUAUCCCACACACGCCCCCCUAAACUACUAAAAAGAAUAGUGAUAAUUUCAAUGUUGGUACAACAGAAUAUAAGCUACUCUCCAUCGGAAGUUGGAAUUGUUAUCAGUAUAUUAUGUUGUAAUCUACAUUUUCAGUGUUUAUAAAAAAACUAAUUAGCUGUUACGUUUUUUAUUAAAGAAAUAUUUACAAAAGUAAGAGUAACCGAUAUUUUUUUGUGUGAUUGAUGUUAAUUUAAUUAUUUAUAUAUAAAACACAAAAAAUAUAUAUAUAUGUAUAUAUUUCCUUCUUGCGGGAUUGGCGCUGAUAUUUUUGCCGUCAUCACGAAUCGGUCUGCGAGAGCCCUCGCGGCGGAAGUCAUGUUCUUUUGCAUAAUCAAUUGAGAGAAAUUUAAAGCGAGUACCUGAGUUAAUGUAAAAACAAAAAAAAUAACAGAAAGAAGUAGUAGCCACGUGUGUAUUUGGGUGCCUGAUCGCGCGGAACAAUGCUUGGAGUCAUCAAUUCAUGUGUAAUCAUUAAUUCUCUCAUUGCAGUAUUUUACGUUGCACGUGCGCAUCUGCGUGCCCAAAAUUCUUUUCUUACCCGGUACCCAGAGAAAGCGUACAAUUUGUAUGUAAAAAUAUGUAUAUAUGUAUAUGUACGAAGCAUUAUCAAUUAAUCCUCUCGUAGCUCUCGCGUUAUUUACAACGUAAAAUUAUUUGUGCAAUAUAAAUUAGCGCUCUUCUAGUGGAUCUGUUCCCUCAAGCCAGUUUCGUUCUUUUCUUUUGCACGAUACGAAUGCUCGUUAAUUCAGCUACUCUCGUGCUUCCAACUCGCUUAGAGAGAAGCGCGAUAAAAAAAAAGACUUCCCUCGACAUAUUCCGACGUAUAUAAUGGCACCUCUCAUCAUCAAUCGGAACGAGAAAUUAUCAGCCGCGAUCGUCGAUUAUUCCGCUACGUUAACACGUAAUUUUGCUUCAAUUGGACUUUACGAAAGGAAUUCGCGUAAAAAGACUGAGGCCAGAUACGCGCGUAGGACGUGGAGAAUCGAAUUAUCGUUGCUUCAACGUAUAUCGUAGCGGGAGAAUUUUCUGCAGAGGAAUUUAUGUAACUGGAAGAGCGACGCUGUUGUUACAAUUUUUACCAAUCCUCGGCGCUUCUGAGGCGGUAACACGGACGGGAAAACGUGUUAGCACGAUCGGAGGCGAUGUAAUUUCCACAAAGAUCUCCUUCCCUCCAAGUCUCACAUCUCUCCUUUUAUUUCUUCCGCAUCCAUCCUUGCGAUUGUGAUUGAAUGAUUCCCGAGACAAUUAUUGUGAUCGAUAUAAUCGAAUUUAAUUUUCCGAUGCUUAUGCGUGCUGAAAUUUUCCAGUUUCAGAGCCGAAGUUCGAAUCAAAGUUCAAGUUCAAUUUCUGCGCCUGGAAUGGCAGGAAUAAAGUAACGUGCGUAUGUCUCUUGUGUAAAUAGGUCGUUUGCAAUGAACGAUUGCAUCAACAGAAUUGCAUCGGUGAUAAUCAAUGAUUGCAGUCGAUGAUUAUCAAUGCUUGCGUACUCUUUAUUCUUUGAAGAGCGUUCGCUCGAGCCGCCACUGUACCAAUUACGAGCACAACGCGUAGGGAUCGAUCCUCACUUAGUUGUACGUUCUUCUUUGCAAUUAUUAUAUUGUUCUUUAUGCGACCUCGAAGCAAAAUGCAAAAGCUCAUGCAUAAAUCAUAACGUUCUCUUUAACUGCCAGUAGGUGGAAUAUUAAUAUGUCUAUAAAUAGAAAGAUAUAAAAAAAUAACGCGGUACAUAGUUACAAUUUUGGUACGUUAUGAUAUUUUUAUAAAUUGUAUUGAAUAAGGAAUAAGCGUGAGAUAAUAAAAUACAGAAACAAA